AUGAAGCUUCAAAUUACCUUUUCUUGUGCUGCGCUCCUGGGGAUGGGAUCUUGCCAUACGAUCUUCACUUCUUUGGUCACUGGAGGGACCACAAAUGGUGUUGGCGAAGGUGUCCGUGUGCCAAGUUAUGAUGGUCCCAUCACUAAUGUUGCAUCAAACGAUAUCGCUUGCAAUGGAGGCCCAAACCCAACCCAAUCGACCUCGAAAAUACUCAAUGUCGCAGCCGGCUCCACAGUCAAGGCCAUAUGGAGGCAUACUCUUACGAGCUCAGGCUCUGAUGUUGUCGACUCGAGCCAUAAAGGACCGAUCAUGGCAUAUAUGAAGAAAGUAUCCAAUGCUGCCACCGAUCCGGGUUACGGAGCUGGGUGGUUCAAGAUCCAGGAAGCUGGUCUUUCUUCCUCCGGGAAAUGGGCUGUGGACGAUUUGAUUGCAGCCCAAGGCCAACAUUCUAUCACGAUACCAUCUUGUAUUGCCCCAGGGCAAUACCUACUCCGUGCUGAGUUGAUCGCUCUUCAUGGUGCUGGAUCUUCUGGUGGUGCUCAAUUCUAUAUGGAAUGUGCACAGAUCAACGUCACCGGUGGCACGGGUGCAAAAACCCCUGCCACUGUUAGCUUGCCUGGUGCUUACAAGGCGAACGAUCCUGGAAUCUUGGUCAACAUUUAUGGGAACCUGAAGAGCUAUGUUAUUCCUGGUAAGCAACUAAUUCGAAAUUACGUCCAAUAUGGGUAG